CGAGUGGCCGGGCCUGCUCUGUGGACACUCGGCUCCCUGCCCGAGACAGAGCGGGGAGGCCGGCUCCGUGGGCCCUGAGGGUACAGGGCGGGGCGGAUGGGCCCUGCGGCUGCCGCACGCCCGGGGAACAGUGCCUCUGCGCCGUUGCUAGCCCCGGGCCUAUAGCCCUGCCUGAUCCUGUCGGGUGUUGCUUGGGAUUCGUACAAAUACGUCUGCAUGGCGAUUGGCAGACUGCGGAGAGAGAGACCCAGGCUGACCCUAGCGCUGGAGCCUGCAGGGAGUGGCCGGGAAGAUGAAUAGGAUUUUUUCCAAGCUAGGGAAACCUGGCGGAGGAGGGGCUUCACGUCCUGCUGGAGUGGCUUCCGGUUUGCAACAGUAGCAUAAUUAAAUUUUGUCUGUUUGGUGCUGCCAGGGUUGACUAUUGUUCCCGGUUUACAGAUGGCAGAAUUUCUGUAGUAUGUUGGAUGUAAAUCCCACAUCUUGGUUCCUUAUCCAGCUUCAGUCUAGCCUCACUGGCUAGAAAAUAAAUGGGAUUUGCACAAAUUCCAAGCCACAGUGAAAUAACGCUUGCAGCGUUGAUAUCCUUUUCUCCUCGUUGUUACUAACAGAGAAUUCAAUGUCGGCAGAAGACCUGGAAGCCCAGGAGGAUGAACUACUGGCCCUGGCAAGUAUUUAUGAUGGAGAUGAGUUUAGAAAAGCAGAGUCUGUCCAAGGAGGGGAAACCAGGAUCUAUUUGGAUCUGCCACAGAAUUUCAAGAUAUUCGUGAGCGGCAAUUCAAAUGAGUGUCUCCAGAAUAGUGGCUUUGAAUACACCAUUUGCUUUCUGCCACCACUUGUGCUGAACUUUGAACUGCCACCAGAUUAUCCAUCCUCCUCCCCACCUUCAUUCACACUUAGUGGCAAAUGGCUGUCACCAACUCAGCUCUCUGCUCUCUGCAAGCACCUGGACAACCUGUGGGAAGAACACCGAGGCCGUGUGGUGCUGUUUGCCUGGAUGCAGUUUCUUAAGGAGGAGACCCUUACCUACCUGAAUAUUGUCUCUCCUUUUGAGCUCAAGAUGGGGUCUCAGAAAAAGGUUCAGAGAAGGACAACAGCUCAGGCCUCUUCCAACACAGAGCUUGCUUUGGGAGGAGCUGCUGCUGCUGCUGCUGCUGCUGCGCCAGAUGUAGACCAAGAAGACAGUGUGGAUGAGAGAGCUGUACAGGAUGUAGAAUCAUUGUCAAGUCUGAUCCAGGAAAUCUUGGACUUCAAUCAAGAUCGGCAGAUGAAGUGCUUCAAUAGUAAACUGUUCUUGUGCAGUAUCUGUUUCUGUGAGAAGCUGGGGAGUGAUUGUAUGUACUUCUUGGAGUGCAGACAUGUAUAUUGCAAAGCCUGUCUGAAGGAUUACUUUGAAAUCCAGAUCAAAGAUGGUCAAGUUAAAUGCCUCAACUGUCCAGAACCACAGUGUUCUUCGGUGGCUACUCCUGGUCAGGUCAAAGAGCUGGUAGAAGCAGACUUAUUUGCUCGCUAUGACCGCCUCCUCCUCCAGUCUACUUUGGAUCUAAUGGCAGAUGUGGUGUAUUGUCCCCGUCCAUGCUGCCAGCUCCCUGUGAUGCAAGAGCCUGGUGGCACCAUGGCUAUCUGCUCCAGCUGCAAUUUUGCCUUCUGCACCUUAUGCAGACUGACCUAUCACGGGGUUUCUCCAUGUAAGGUAACGGCAGAGAAAUUAAUAGACUUACGGAAUGAAUACCUACAAGCAGAUGAAGCUACUAAAAGGUUCUUGGAACAGAGGUAUGGCAAGAGGGUGAUUCAGAAGGCCCUGGAGGAGAUGGAGAGUAAAGACUGGCUGGAGAAGAACUCCAAGAGCUGCCCCUGCUGCGGAACGCCCAUACAGAAAUUAGACGGCUGCAACAAGAUGACCUGUACUGGCUGUAUGCAGUAUUUCUGCUGGAUUUGCAUGGGCUCUCUCUCAAGAGCAAACCCUUACAAACAUUUCACUGAUCCUGAUUCUCCAUGCUUUAACAGGUUGUUCCAUGCCGUGGAUGUCAAUGGAGACAUUUGGGAAGAUGAGAUUGAGGACUAGUUCAUUCCUGCUCGCAGUGUAGAAAUGGAAUGGUUUGCCCUGAUCUUCUGUCAAGUACACAAAGAGCCCUUGCAGGAUAUUUAGGGUACCAUCUAUUCACUCUUCAGUGUAGAAGGAAGAACAGGGUUUAUAUUUUCCUUUGGUUCUACUGAUUAAGGCACGUACAUUUUCCAUGUAACAUAAUCUGAUAAAAUUAUAUGCCAAAGGAUCAGAAAUUAAAACUAUAGAUUAAAUAUUAUAAUAUGCCCAAACUGUGAAUAGUUAAAAAGUAAAUAUUUAUUUGCUCCCCCAAGCUUUAGGUUAGGGAGAGGGUCAAGAGUUAAGCUUUUAGACCAUGUCCAAGAAGCCCCUGCAGCUGGGGACAGUCACAGCCCCAGCCACACUGUCCUGGGAGCCUGAUCCAUUCUCUGUACACUGCUCAUUUCCAUUCGUGCUUUGGAGAGAGCCUCUGCUCUGUAACUGACCAAUGUCCAGUGUUGUUCUGUUGUACUGCUUGCCAGAAUAGAAAUCUAUAAUAAAUUAAAAAGUAUUUUUAGUAUUAUAAUCCCUGUGGGUCACUUGAUAUUUAUGACUAGUGUAUUGAAUCCCCUGGCUUAGAGCCAAAUGUAGAAUUUAGGAUUCUGGCUCAGAAUUCCUCUAGAUUCAGAGUCAGAGCAGUCUGUGCUCCCUUUUGUUCUCAGCUUUCUCCCUUUGCCUCCCACCUUCUGUUGGCAAGUACAGUUUUAAUGUUGAUUACAGCAGUGUGUGUCUUUAUUUCCUCUGCUAGAAUAGAAAAGAGCCCAAUAUAUUCCUCAUGAAUGCUCUCUGAACCUGUGAACAGCAUCAUGGUUCUACCCCACCUUCUGAACACUCGGGAAUUGGGCUUCCUCCCCUCCCCUCGUAGACAGCAGUGUUUGGAGUGAUAAUAGUAGCUUGAUAGCUGGAUUCCUAACCCUGGCUUUUAUUGGCUUUUUGAAAAACUGUCUUCCUCAUGAUUCCCUAAGUGGCUUGGUAGUCACUUGGUGGAUGUUUUGGAAAGGACAGUAACUCACCUGUAGCUUGUGAACUUGUGUUUUCUACUGUGACAUUGAAAAUUAAGGAUUGCUUAACUGUCAGCUCAAACUGUUGCUGAAUUGUCAAUGAGGAUGCUUAAUCUUAACAAUAAAGUAAUUUAAAAUCAUCCCGUAAUUGGAGUAGGCAUGGUGUCUGUUACUUCUGUCACCAAAGCACUGACUGAAUUAAAACUAACUGUGUUUCUG